AUGGAUUCGCAAGAUUCAUCAUCGACAAGACAAAAGAUUGAUCUGGCUCAGCCGUUAAGAGAUAAAGAGAGUAAAUGGAAUCAUCGCAAAAGUUUGGCCUGGGACACUGCUUUUUUCACCAACCCUGGAGUGUUAGAUCAUGAAGAAUUGUUCGGGAGCUUGAAAAUUGGCGAGAAUGAGUUUGUUGUCGAAGUAAAUCAUAAGCAGUCGAUCAAGACACUUCCAUGUGUUUAUUCGGAAAUCGCUGCUCGUCCAAGUUUCGCUUGGGACAAUGCUUUUUUUACCGAUCCAGGUGUUCUUGAUGCGGAGGAGUUGUCUCUAGUGAACAAUGGUUUCACCAACUACACACAGCUUCAUAAGUCUGAUGAUUCAAUGCCGACGACAACUCAAGGCAGCAGAUUUUCUGUGGCGAGCAUUGAGUUUGAUCUGUUUCACGACCUGAGAGCCUCUCUAUGUAAUUCACCGAAUGUGAAACACACUGAAACUCAAAAGAUCAAGCGCAAGUUACCAGAUGGUAAAAAGAGGACUAAAGUGUGUAUACAGAAACAUCAACCUUUGAUCAGUCUCAUUCCUCAACCAAAAGUGUCGUCUUCUACUUCAUCUUCUUCUAUCUCCAAAGUUUUGACUCCUAGACAAGCUAAACCCGAGAAGAAAUGUGUUAAGAGUGAACUCGAGAGGAAUAAGGGAAUAAUACGCAAGAAUCAUGGGUUUGAAGAACAUUCUGGAUCCAAAUCUAUCUUAAGGUCAUCGUAUUCAGGUUAUGCAAUGAAGGAUUUGACAUCAUCCUCCUCUGGUCUGAGAUUACCACUGCCAAAGAUGAGAUUUUUCGACUCGGAGAACAACGGAGAGAAAGAAAACAGAGAACCAAAUGCACCUGAAGCAACUGAUGUAAACAGAAGAAGAAGACACAAGUCGAAACUUGAGAAUUCUGCUCCACCAAAAAACCACAGCGUUUUGGGGCAACGCAAAACACGAAAGUAA